AAUUAAAUUAUACAAACGCGAAUACAUUUUGUUGGGGGUUUUGGGGGGGGUCAUUAAAUUGAAACACCUUGCUUGCCGUCAAAUGAAAGGGCCAUUGUGAUGGGGGGCAGUUCUUCAGUGCCGAUAAAAAUACUCAUUAUUGGACCAGUUAAUGCAGGAAAAACUUAUUUGCUGCGUGCAAUGCAUAAGGGAGUUGGCAAAGUCGUUGCUCCAAAUCCAACGGACACAUACAAUGUCGAGAUCAUCAGUUGUCCUAGGUUUGGUGAAAAGUUCAUGGUCUAUGACCUUUGUGGCAAACCGGGCAUGCGUUUGCGACGAAGACAGUUCUAUGAUGCAACUCAAGGGGUUAUCCUGAUGGUAAACUGUGCUGACAUGGCUAACAUAGAAGAGGCCAAGAAGGACCUGGAGCAAUUGGUGGAAGCUGUUGACUUGCGCACAGUUCCAAUCUUAGUAGUAGCAAACAUGGUGAAUACUCCAGGUGCGGCAUCUAUAGAUGACAUAAAAGAUGCCCUCCAGCUGAAUAUGGUGCUGGCCAAUAGGAGUUGGGAGAUUUGUCGACUGCGGAAGAACAAUCAGCCAGAUGUAGAUCAUAUUCUGGACCAAAUGCUUGUUUUUGUGUAUAGGCCUAGGUAGAAAAUCAAGAAUACAAAUUAUACUUUGUCGCAUUUAUUUACGUAUUUUGUUUGUAUAUAUAUUUCUUUUAUUUAUUUAUUUCAUUCUUUCUUUUCUUUUCUUUUCUUUUCUUUUCUUUCUUUCUUUCUUUCUUUCUUUCUUUAAUUAUCCUGUAUAUAUAAUUAUGUCCUUCCCCUGGUUAUCUUUGACUGUUUAAAUGUAGUUUAAAUAUACAGUUAUGUAAUAUAGUCGUCAUGUAUACUGUAUGUAUGUAAAAGCUGUUCAAAUUGUGACCGAUUAUUUUAUUCUUUGUACAAUAUACUCCAUGAUAAGUAGUAUUUAAAAAUCUAUAUAUAGAAGCGGCAAGGUAGGUGGUUGGGUAUAAGGUGCCAUUGAACCGAACAAAAAUAUGUUAUGUUGAGUAAGCAUAAAAAUAAAAACAAGCUUAAGUGUA